AUGGGAGCGAAAGCCACUGUUUUGGUGGCCGACGCGGACGUAGCGAAAGACAUACAGAUUAAGGACUUUCAUAACUUCACGGACAGAGCGAACCUCAAACUCAAAGGCGGACCCUUUGGUGACUCGCGUUUUGACGAAUCAUUUCUUAUUCUUCGGGGAAAGCGAUGGAAAAAAGUGAGAAGUGUUUCGACUCCGACUUUCAGCGCAUCCAAACUUAAGACAAUGACACCCAUUAUAGACGACGCCUUCAAGAACUUCAUUCAUAUAAUCGACAAGCGAUCCAAAACUGGUCACGAGUUUGAUAUUUAUGGAAAUGAAAAUGAAGUUCAAAUAAACGCACAAAACAAAGACACAAAUGAUUUAAAAGAUAGCAAACAACACAAAAAUGAAAUUUCUUUAACCGAUUCUGAAGUGUUAGCCAACUCUACAACACUAUAUUUGGCCGGAUAUGAGACGACGAGUACAGCACUCGGAUAUAUGUCUCAUAUCUUUGUUAAAUAUCCCGAUAUUCAGGAAAGAGUGAGACAAGAGGUGCAGAAACUGCAAGAAAGUGAUGGUAUCCUUGACUACAAUACUGUCCAGAAAUUAGAUUUUAUGGAUUGUGUUUUAAAGGAAACUUUCAGAUUUUAUUCGCCAAUCGUUACAUUUGUUGCCCGAGAAUGUCAUGAAGACUACAAACUCAAUGACACUAUUGUUAUACCAAAAGGCAGUUCAGUUGUGGUUGACGUCCAUUAUUUGCAUUACUCGCCCGACUAUUGUUGCGAACCCGAAGUCUUCGAUCCCAUGAGGUUUAGCGCCGACCGAAAGCACGAGAUUUACCCGAAUUCGUGGCAACCCUUCGGAAGUGGUCCACGAAAUUGCAUUGGAAUGCGAUUCGCAUUACUUGUGGUGAAGCUAUCGUUGGUUAAACUUCUCCUCAAUUACCGACUAAUUAGUGGUGCGAAGACUGAAACCGCAAAUUUCUCGCUUACGACCACUAUAUUUACCCAAAGCCCUAGUAAUGGCAUUUUCUUGAAAGUCGCUCAACUCUAG